GACCACUGACCCAGUCUUCACCAGUCAGUGUGUGAGUGUCUGUACUGGGACCAGUGAGUGUCUGUACUGGGACCAGUAUGAUGCUGGAGAGGAGCAGGCUGGUGGCGGACAUCCUCUUCAGCAGGACGCUGUGUGAGGAAGAGGAGGACAGAGUUCUCUGUCGCUGCUCCAGAGCCUUUGUACAGGACCGGGAGCUGUAUCGCUCUGAUAAUCGGUUGCUCUCAUUAGAUCCAACAGACGCUGGAGUUCCAGGAGCAGAUGAUGCAGGUGAGGAAGAAGAGGAGGUGUUGGAUGAAGAGGCUCAGCUGAUGGCCAGCAUGGGUCUACCUUUGGCCUUUGCCAGCUCAUCUGACCAUAAGAGAGCAGGCCGGAGAGCUGCCAGCUACUGGGUCGAAUCAGCUGAGGAAGAGGAGGAAGAUGAUCCAGCUGUUGACAACAAAGUUGAUGAGAAGAAAGUGUGUGAUUCUCCUGAGGAAGGAAGCGGAGCGAGCCAGGCUGCUGGCUGGGAAACCUACUGGGCUGAACAGGGUGAAGCUCUGCUGUGGAGCAGCUGGCUGCAGAAACACCCAGAGACUGAUCCAGAAACACUGACGGGUCCAUGGGACGACCCAGACACAAGAGAAGCCUGGAACCAACACGCUGCAGACACCUACUACUGCUACUGGGACCAGUACUCCUACUGGGCAGCACAGGGCUGGACCACAGACCAGUCUGCCACUGGGAACACUGGUGGAGCAGCAGCAGCAGGACAGACUGGGGCUGAGAGCCACCAGAGGGACCAAGUGGAGGCCGCUGAUGGGGAUGUUGUGGUUUUGAAUGAUCUGUUUGGACAGAAGUGCUCAUUAGAAGCAGGAGGCAGAUCUACCAGUGACCUGGAGACAGACUCUGAUAUGAGACGGAGGUCUGAGAGAGAGAUCUGCUGCUCUGAUCAACCGUCUGAUGGUGGGAACGGCUGCAAGAGACCAGCUGCCUCCUCAAAGCAGCACACUGAUAGAAAUACAGAUUCCCAGCAGGCUGCUGGCAGGCCUGAUAGACAGUCUGGCUCAAGGAAAAAGAUGUCAAAUAGAGAAGAUGACGAUGACGACACACCACCAGAGAGGGGACGUGCUAAAGUCAAACGAAGUCAUGAGCUGGAUUUUGAGGAGAGUCCACAUCUGACCCCUGAGGAAGCCUGGAGCAAACUGGGACUCAAACACAACCCCAAGCCUCUGUUCGGCAGUGUGAUCAGCUUUAAAAGCAGCGCUGGUCAGAAGCGUCAGAGCAGGUGGUUGGCUAAGGAACACAGCAAACACACCACCUUCUCCCAGAGGGCUGGAGGCAACACACACUCACAGAGCAGCUCUUCUCUCCAGAAGGUCAAAAACUUUCUUGAAAAAAGUCAGAGAGAGACACAGACGACUCCUUGUGAUGAAGGUGAGGAGGAAGGAGGAAGCAGACAACAAGCUGAGGACAAGACACUGUUUCUGGGAGAAGGAAAUAAAGAGACUGUGGAAGAAGAAGAUGGAGCUGCUUCUCUGUCUAGUUUAGCUGCUGAGAGAACUCUCACCUCUAAUACUGGGACUGUGGACAAAGAGGAAGAGGAAGAGGAGGAAGAGGAAGAGGAGGAGCCGCCUGGGAGACAGUUAAAAUCUCUAGAAAUUCCUGACUUUUUUGUGUCGGACACACCUGAAGACAACAGUGAUUUGAGUAAGAGAAAUGGAAAGAAGCCAAACAAUAAGAAGAGGAGACGAGGGAAGAAGCAGCCAGUCCCAGCAGAGAUGAUGGCGGACACAGAAUUAACUAAAUACUGGGCUCAACGCUACAGACUCUUCUCUCGCUUCGAUGAAGGAAUCAGGCUGGACCGAGAGGGCUGGUUCUCUGUGACCCCUGAGAGGAUUGCUGAGCAUAUCGCCCUGAGGGUGGAGCACAGCUUCCCCGACUCUCAGCUCAUCAUAGACGCCUUCUGUGGUGUCGGAGGAAACGCCAUCCAGUUCGCCCUCACUGGAAAGAGAGUGCUGGCUGUUGAUAUCGACCCUGUGCGGUUAGACUUGGCCCGGCACAACGCCACCGUUUAUGGCGUCGCAGAUCGAAUCGACUUCCUGCAGGGGGACUUCCUCCAGCUGGCGUCCCGUCUCCAUGGCGACAUGGUCUUCCUCUCACCGCCAUGGGGAGGCCCAGACUACCUGACUGCUGACGUGUUUGACAUCAAGACCAUGAUGCAGCCUGAUGGAUUUGAGAUUUUUCGCCUGGCCAAACUGAUAUCAGACAACAUCAUCUACUUCAUGCCUCGCAAUGCUGACAUGGAUCAGAUUGCCUCUCUGGCUGGUCCAGGAGGGAAGGUGGAGGUGGAGCAGAACUUCCUCAACAACAAGCUGAAGACCGUGACUGCUUACUUUGGUGGUUUGAUAAAGUCAGACAGCUAGUCUCCCUGGCAACGGCAUGGGCCAAUAGGAAUGUCUUCCUCUCCUACAUGAGAAUCAAAAAGCAGGAGAUCUAAGUUCUGAUGUUUUUAAGUACAAGUUGACUUACUGCCAUAUACUUUUUUCAUUACACUUUUGUCAUAAUGUAUGCAGUUAACAGAUAUUUCAGACUGAAUCUGAUGAUCACAAGUUACAUGUUCUGACCACUCUUUAAGUUAACACAAGGGUUUUUAAUUUCAUGAGCCUCCCAGAUAGAGUUAACACUUAUUAAGAAGACUGUUAUGAUAAUUUUAUACAUUUAAUUGGGUCCUUUUUUAUUAUACAUUAGAGCUAAUAAAUGUUUUUUUAUUACAAUGUUGUUUAUUGUCAUCUUUGUCGAUAUGACCAUUUCAUUACACUAUU